AUGGCCGGGGCUUUGUCCGCCAACAUUGCGUCUGAUGAUAUUGGCCUCAUAUCUUCAACGCAAUGUGGGAUUUGGGAGUUCAAUGUAGAUGCCGGCAUUGAAGCUGCUGAUUUAGCCGAUCUGAGCAACCAUAGGAAGGAAGUACGAGCAGGUCAAUACGCUCGAACUUGCUAUGAGCCUAGUGGGGACCCUGGCGCGUUCUCAUGUGGGCUCUUCUACAACCAGAGCAUUGCCUUCACAACGAAGACGCACCAGAAAUGCCCCUUCUCUUCGCCAAAUCUCUGCCUCGAGGGGGCAUACUCUGCCAUUACCUUUGAGACAGGCCUGGUCGACGCAAGCGUUAUUGGUAUCAAUGCGAGGCCGACCCACAAGUUCAAACGAAGCACUACAUGCUCUCCUCUUAACAUGUCACAGGAGUUUAUCUCCAGAGUGUCUGAAGCGAACGACACAAGAUAUCGUUACUACUAUGGUGGCAAAGACGAAGGAAACUCUACUUUUGAAACUGUGGGCCAGCCAUUUGACUGGCUUGUCCCGGUCUACACUGUCAGCACGUAUUUUUCAUCGCUCUACCCUGGCGAAGACUACUGGCAUCCAAUACCAGAGCUUGCUCGGCCGGAAGAUACCACCCUCACAAUCAUGUUCAUUUCAAGCGCGCACAUCUAUUACACCAAACCAAAUUUGGAUCCGAUCUUCCACGCCGAGGAACCGAAGCAAGUGGGAGGACUCCAGGGAACAUAUUACUUCAACUCAGACCCGCGAGCAAGGCCGAUGGCUUGCGUCGAUAAGACCGAACUAUGCUCUCCGGACGGCAAGCGUUGCUGGUCAAUGACAUCACCAGUCCCAAAUGGAGUUCCAUCGUCAAACGCCUAUUGGCUCAUGAAAUGGGCACUGGAAAACUCGAAUAGCUACGAUUCAAUAAAAUGGCGUUUAGGCAAUGCACUCCUGGCCCAAGAGAAGAUCAGUCAAUUCGUCUCACGACCGCUCAGCCCAGUGCAGUGGCAGCUAGAAGUAAGCCAGCUGUUCGCCACAUCCCUGGCGCGAAGUCAAUUUGACGUGUUAGGGAUUGGGAUUGGAGAAGAUAGGGAGAAGCCUGGAUACGUCGAGUUGACGCCGGCCGAAGCCAGAGGUCAUCUUUGCGGACUCGUUAAAGUCAAAAUGACGGGUGCAAUCAAUGUCCACCUCGGGUGGUUCCUUCUUAUUUUCGCGCUUUUAUUCCUUAUUUUCUUCUUGACAUGGAAACCAAAGACUGUUGGCUGGAAAGCUCCUGAAAGAGGCUACGGGGGUCAGCGAGAAGCUAUCAUGAUUGACUAUAUCAUCGAGCGCGUUUCGGAACUUUCGGUAUGGCUUCUAGGAUUUGCAAAGGAGAAGUAUCGGAAUUGGAAAGCUUCGAAGCAGCAUGGAAAUCAACCAACUGAUCCUGAUGCCGAACAUGUUGAUAAUGGCUCAGAACACAACGAUGGACCAGAAGAUCACGAUUAG